AUGAUUCACCAAAUAAAUUUGUGCGAACUCACAUUUUUGUUAACGUUCCGUUACUCUUGGGGGUCUAGUUUAUUGCAGAAGCAAGAAAUUGAUUUUUAUUGCGUUGGUUUUGCUUAUCAACUCCAUCCAACGAAUUUUGUAUUAAAAGCAAUGAUAAAAGAAAAUGCCGUUUUGAUAACAUAA